ACUUCACAUCACCACUCUCAAAUAUUCUCAAGAGUCCUUAACAACGAUAUUUAGUUUUUUCCCUUUUUUCUGUUUUCUUUUUAUCUCCCAUUUUUCUUCCAAUAUAAUGGAAUCGUUUAUGGGUCAAAAGAAAACAUUGUACGCGUGUUAUUUUUUAAUGUUGGUGUUUUUUUUAGGGUUCAAUUGUGUCCAUGGACGAACCCUAAAAGUUGAUGAUAAGAUUAAUGGUGGUCAUUAUGAUAGCAAGACGAUGAUGGCAUUGGCAAAGCACAAUGAUAUGAUGGUUGAUGACAAGGCAAUGCAGUUCUCGCCGCCACCACCACCACCACCGCCGUCACAAUCGGGAGGUAAAGAUGCUGAAGAUUUCAGGCCUACAACGCCUGGCCACAGCCCUGGCAUUGGCCAUAGUUUAUCCCAUAAUUGAUCAUUUUCAUGCAAUUUCACAUAUGUAUAUAUGUGUUGUGAACUUAUGAUUAAAUAUUGUUCGUUUUAAUUUUUCUUAAAUUUGCUUCGUGGAAUAAAAUGAUUUAUGUUUUUUUCAAGUCGUGGUUGAGUAGAACACGAUGCGUACGUAUAUUAAGAACUUAUUCGGGACCUAGAAAAUAUACACAUUGUAUAUGGCCAAAAUAUACUACAAG